UCUUCUUCUACUCUUUGCUAUCUCAUCUGGGUUCCUUAUAAUUCCUUCUUUUUCCUCACUGUACAUUAGAUUUCUUCCCAAGAUUUUGAUACUGGUGAAUUCCUAUCGGAACUUGUGUUAUAUAGAUUCUACAAAAUUCUUGUACUUUCAUCUGCUUUUAUUUUAGUAAAUAUUUUGGACCGGUUUCCUCAAAUAUGCUUAUGUUGGUUGAAUUCAUUGUAGAUUUCUUUUUGUUUGAAUUCAAGUUCGGGUUGGUUUUGAAUCUGGAAUCCAUGUUUUGAAGUACAGUUGUUUUACUGAAUCUUUAUAAUUUCUAUUGGUCUGUAGAUUGGAGUUUUUGUUUGUUCGAAUCCGUAGUAUGGGUAUGGCUCGAACACCGAGUUUGAGAAAUGGGGAAUACUUGGAAGGGAUGAUAAAUGAGUAUGUCAAUGGAAAGGGGAAGUCUAGCAGAGGUCACAAGAGUACUAAACUUGUCGCAGCUCUUACAUGUUUACAGUUUGCAUUUGCAAUUUAUGCAACAUUCCUUCUUUACUAUAUGAGUCCUACUGUGGAUUUGCGUAUAGGGGCUACUAAGAUUGCACAACACUGGAAACAGUUUAUUGUCCCUCCUAACGUAGCUGGACGGUACCAAGAAGCUUCUUCUGUUCUUGUAGAAGAAACUCCGGCUUUGGGAGUAACCGAAGUAUGCGAGCAUGAGAAAAUCGAUUUCGAACAGAAGAAAUCAACUGAUGCACAAAUGAUCAAGCUGAAGAGAGAAUUAUACGACCAGGUGUUGGAUUUUCAGAGCAAAUCCGUUGGUACAGAAACUCUCAAAGAGCUUAUGGCAAUGAAGUCGAUGUGGAAUGUACGAGGUCCUAAAAUCCCGAAAAUCACCGUGAUUUUGAACCAUUUCAAGAGGAAGACACUAUGUUCGCAGUUAGAGUCCCUUCUCCAUCAAACCCUUCCAUUCCACAAUGUUUGGGUGCUCUCCUUCGGAAGUCCUAACGAGCUUUCAUUGAAAAGAAUUGUUGAUAGUUAUAACGAUUCCAGGAUAAGUUUCAUCAGUUCUAGUUAUGAUUUCAAGUACUAUGGAAGGUUUCAGAUGGCUUUACAAACGGAUGCGGAUCUUGUGUACCUUCUUGACGAUGACAUGAUCCCCGGGACAAAGAUGUUAGAGAUUCUAUCUCAUGUUGCAGGAACUGACAAGUAUAAGAACUCGGUAGUGGGAAGUAUUGGAAGGAUCUUACCUUUUAGACAAAAGGAUUUUACUUUCCCGAGUUAUAGAAAGUUUCGAUCCAAGGAAGCUGGACUUUAUUUGCCUGAUCCUGCUUAUGAUAUCACCGUCGACAAGAUUGUUCAAGUGGAUUUCUUAUCGAGUUCUUGGUUUUUAUCAGCCGAGCUUGUCAAAACUCUCUUCAUUGAAACUCCUGCCACCUUCAUGACUGGAGAAGAUUUACAUCUCAGUUAUCAGCUUCAGAAGUAUAGAGGUGCUGGUUCUUUUGUACUGCCAGUUGAUCCACUCGACAAGGAAACUUGGGGUGACAGUGAACAUAGGCUCGCUUAUGUGUCUGAGACCACAGUAAUCUUCAAAGAUAUCGUUCAAGUUCGGGAUGAUCAAUGGUGGCGAGCACUCGCUACGGGUUAUGUGACACAAUGGGCUGCAAUGCACCCACAAAAGAUAGAUGCUCUUUUCUACGCUCAUACUCUGGAAGAAGUGAAAGCACUCGAGCCCCUUCUCGAGAAAUUCAGAACCACUGUUGGUAGAAAGGCUUACAUUGCCACUCCAGGUGGAAAGUUCUGUCCUUGUGAAGAAGCUGCAAGUUCUAUGAAAUGGCCCAAGUCAGUUUGCCGAGAGAGGAGAUUUAAAAUUUUCGACUUAGGAAUUGGGGCUCUUUCAGAGUUGUCAGAUUCUGAAGUUCCUGUUAUACAAGCAGUUUAUUCUAGCAUGAAAGGUUUGAUCAAAAUCCAUAACCCAACUGUGCUAAUUACUGUGUCUGACAUCGAUCCAAAUAUCAAGAAAGCUCUGAAAAUGGCAUCAGAGACCAACUCAAACCAAACAACACAUAUUCUUCUACCAAGGUCCUCAGUGUCCAGGGUUCUGUGGAUGGCUGAUCUACGACCAACUGCAUUGCCAAAUUGGAACAAAAUGAGAAUUUCUGUGAACAUAAUCACCCAAAACCGUGCUUCGUCACUCUUGAGACUUCUCAACUCUCUUAAAAACGCCUACUAUCUGGGAGAUGACAUCCCUAUCAGCUUCAACAUGGAUAGCAAAGUUGAUGCCGAGACUAUAAGGCUUGUGAAUUCAUUUGAAUGGCCUCACGGUACAAAGACAUUCCGGAGAAGAAUCAUUCAAGGAGGACUGAUUCGAGCUGUCAGCGAAAGUUGGUACCCAGCAUCAGAUGACGAUUUCGGCCUUUUACUUGAAGAUGACAUUGAAGUUUCGCCGUACUACUACUUAUGGAUCAAAUACGUCUUGUUAGCUUACCAUUACGACCCGCAAGUGUCUCUCCCUGAGCUUUCCUCCAUCUCGCUCUACACCCCGCGGUUGGUCGAAGUGGUUAAAGAGAGACCCAAGUGGAAUGCAACUGAAUUCUUCAAAAAUAUCCAUCCAAAUACACCUUAUCUCCAUCAACUGCCUUGCAGUUGGGGAGCAGUUUUCUUCCCCAAGCAAUGGAGAGAAUUCUACGUCUACAUGAACAUGAGAUUCACCGAAGACGCAAAGACAAAUCCAGUUCAGAUUCCUAAGUCUAGAACAAAUGGAUGGCAAGCUUCAUGGAAGAAAUUCUUAAUCGAUAUGAUGUACCUUAGAGGGUAUGUGAGUCUUUAUCCGAAUUUCCCAAAUCAAGCUAGCUUCUCAACCAAUCAUAUGGAGCCAGGAGCUCAUAUCAGUGCAAAAGAUAACGUUCUUAAACACAAGAUAGAAGAUUUUGAAGUUCCAUUAUUGAAGGACGAUUUUCGUGGGUUUUUACCAGGAGGUAAAUUACCUCCAGCUUCAAGACUACCAUCUAUAAAUCUCUUCAACCAAGCAGUCUCUUUGAAAGGACUGAAAGCUGCAGGGGCCAAGCUUAAACAAGACGUGAUCGGUUGCGUUCCAACCGAUGUCGUUGUUGUCGAUCAUGACACCGGUUUGCCUAGCCGUUGUGCGAAAUUCUGAUAUUUAGAUUGUUGUUUAUCAUUAUCAUUAAUUCUUUGCUUUCAAUUAUAGUUGUCAGCACAAAAUCUUUCUUUUUUUGGUUUUUGUUGAGAAAGCAUCAAGUAAUAGUCGCAGUACUGGAACGAGAGAAACGGGAAGAAAACAGUGGGACUUUAACAUGGGUGAGAGCUGUUACUUCUCAGUGAAUUCCAAAUUUUAAGGGCAAGUAGAAAUUAUAAAUCUUGUUGGUAUAAAAAUUGUAAUUUUCCUUCAA